AGGUAUUUUUUAGCAAGGCAGUAGAGUAGCUGCCUCACACACACACACCACACCUGCCCCAGGGGAGACUGUAGUGUACUCUGUCCUGGAGAGAGAAUCUGUCCCAGCCCAAGUAUGGCCCACUCUGCAGCAGGCCUACAGACUCCAUCUGAGGAUGAGUGUCCCAUCUGUAUGAGCACCCUGAUGGACCCACAUCACCCUGCUGCCUGUUCUCAUGUGUUCUGCCGACUAUGUCUGACGCGCUCUUUAAAGUGGUUACCCCACUGCCCUGUGUGCAGAGCUAAGGUGCAGGUUAAUGACAUAAUGCCUGCUGGUGCCACUGGUGUCACAGUCCAGACGAGGACCACGGUCAUCAGGUUGGAUCAACCUUUCUCUGGCUUGACGGGGCGUUCCACCCCAGCAACUAGACAUGUGACAGGUGAUAUCCAGAGUGCUGCAGUGAGGACGUUUGUCUGUCCGAUCUACCAGGAGAGUGGUCUGAAUGAGCAGGAUCUGGUGGAUCACUGCAGUGACAACCAUCACUAUAACAACAGGCCCGUGGUAUGCCCGGUGUGUGUCUCUCUACCACACGGUAACCCAAACCAAGUCAGCAGGAACUUCAUCAGACAUUUGAACCUAAGACACUGCUAUUAUGCCGAGGACUACACGAAUAUCCAUCAAACCGAUACGUUGAACAUGCAAUAUGCCAUCCUUGAGUCUCUCCGGGAUGCCAACCGGAAUCCAAGAUGAUCUUGACUGAUAUAAUUUAUAAUCUAGCAAUUUAGCAAUAACAAUGUCAUCAUGAUUCGUGUACUAAGUAAUAUGCAAAAUAUUUUGAUGCCAAAGCUGCUCACAUAAACAUUUGUGAAAAUUGUAAUGUUAUCAAAUUUUUCUUUCUUUUGAGUGUAUGAAAUCUAAUUUACUGCAACUAGUCUAACUGCCAAUAAAUAAACACUCAUUACAUGUUACAUACUGUAGAAAUAUUUUGAUAAAUCUAUCAUAAAAUCUAUCAACUAUAAUAUUGACACUAGCUUUGAUAUACUUUUCCAUUUCAUGUCUUUGUAUAUACUUGACUAUAAUAAAGGAAUUUAAUAAAACAUGGAUG